AUGGUGUCUACAGAAGAAGACGAAGAUCGGAGAAAAAGGAUGGAAAAAUGUAAGUCUGGGGAGAGCGAGAUUAUUGCAUUGCUUGCUGCUGGGGAAUCGAAGAAAAAUGUUGAAGAUACAUUAGUACAUUUUGUUGUGGAAUUAGAAAAGGCUCGUCAUUCGGAGCCAAAACAAGGCUAA